GGAAGAGCGUCAGGAUCCAGGGAAGUCCUGCUCCCCCUUAUUCUAUUCUGCCUUGGUCAGACCACGUUACCUGGAAUCACACUGUGUCCCAUUCUGGGCACCACAGUUGAAGGGAGAUGUUGACAAGCUGGAAAGCGUCCAGAGGAGGGCGACUAAAAUGAUUAAGGGUCUGGAGAACAAGCCCUAUGAGGAGCGGCUUAAAGAGCUGGGCAUGUUUAGCCUGCAGAAGAGAAGGCUGAGAGGAGACAUGAUAGCCAUGUACAAAUACGUGAAGGGAAGUCAUGGGGAGGAGGGAGCAAGCUUGUUUUCUGCUGCCCUGCAGACUAGGACACAAGGGAACAAGGGCUUCAAACUUCAGGAAAGGAGAUUCCACCUGAACAUCAGGAAGAACUUCCUCACUGUGAGAAGGGCUGUUCGGCAGUGGAACUCUCUGCCGCGGAGUGUGGUGGAGGCUCCUUCUUUGGAGGCUUUGAAUCAAAGGCUAGGCUCCUUGGGGGACAUCUCCAAGUCCUUCUGCGAGCUGACGGACGCAGCGGAGGUGGGCGCCUACCUGGACCUGAACGUGACCUCCGCCCUCUGCCUCACGGCCGGUCUCCUCCAGGCCUUCCCUGCCCGUCCAGGCCUCCGCCGCACGGUGGUCAACAUCUCCUCCCUGGCCGCCCUGCAGCCCUUCAAGAGCUGGAGCCUCUACUGCACCGGAAAGGCCGCCCGGGACAUGAUGUUCCGUGUGCUGGCCCAGGAGGAGCCGGACGUGCGUGUUCUCAGCUACGCCCCAGGCCCCUUGGACACCGACAUGCAGGAAGAGGUGCGCACCAAGAGCAGAGAUCCCAAAUUAAGGCAGAUAUUCCUGGAAAUGAAAGAGGAGGGCAAACUGCUGGACUGCGACGUCUCGGCCCGGAAGCUGCUGGACCUCCUCCUGGCCGACACCUUUGAGUCGGGGGCCCACAUAGACUUCUAUGACCCCUGAAGAAGCCCCUGUAGAUGCUUUUCCUUCCCUUCUCCUCUUCAUGCAACGGCUGCUCCCUUCUCUGCAGAUUUCGUAUCGAUGAGGGUUUUGCGGAAGGGUUCCCAGCAUUCUGAAGAAUAGGAAAGAACUCUAUGACGUUGCCCUGCAUUGCAGAGCUUGGAAAUGUUAGCACUUGGUGCACCUUCCCAAAUUGCCAUGCUGCCUGGGGGAUUAUGAGAGUUGUACUCCCAAGAAGUAACUUUCCCCACCUAUGCUUUGAUGUGCCUUUUAGGACCUUAUUGUUGAGGUGGAUGAUGGAUGUAAGGUGGGUAAAUUGAGACAAUUACAGCCAUCUGUCUCAAUUUCCCCUCCGUCCGACUACUCAGCAUCUGCUUAGUAGCACAAACAUAUCAAACUGCAUAGCUGUCAGCCGAUCCCGGCAGUAAUUAGUUUAUUUUACAAAUACAGUAGAGUCUCACUUAUCCAACAUUCUCUUAUCCAACAUUCUGGAUUAUCCAAUGCAUUUUUGUAGUCAAUGUUUUCAAUACAUCAUGAUAUUUUGGUGCUAAAUUCGUAAAUACAGUAAUUACAACAUAACAUUACUGCAUAUUGAACUACUUUUUCUGUCAAAUUUGUUGUAUAACAUGAUGUUUUUAGUGCUUAAUUUGUAAAAUCGUAGCCUAAUUUGAUGUUUAACAGACUUCUCCUUAAUCUCUCCUUAUUAUCCAACAUAUUUGGUUGUCCAACAUUCUGCCAUCACAUUUAUGUUGAAUAAUAAUAAUAAUAAUAAUAAUAAUAAUAAUAAUAAUAAUAAUAAGUUUAUUUAUACCCUGCCUCCAUCUCCCCGAAGGGGACUCGGGGCGGCUUACAGAUAAUACCAGAUAAAAGCAAUAACAAUAUACAAUAUACAGUACAUCAAUCAACAAAAAACAUACACAAAUUAUAAAAUUUUAAACAUUAACCUAUAGAAAUAAAAAACACACUUAAUAAAACAUGGAAUUAAAAACAGCGAGGUUAUGAUAAGUAAAGUGCACAUUAUAAAAGUUGUAAACUCAAGAUAACAAAAUAAAGUGCUGCAAAGUGAUAAGUGGCUAAGUAAGUCUCUACUGUAUUUACAAAGAUAGAAGCCGGAGCUGCUCUCAGACAUGUUUUCCCGACGGGGACACUUAUCACAUUAGAAAACACUCUGCUUCUGAGACUAUUUGAGAAUGAUUUCAAAUGGAUCUCAUCACACGACGCUUGCCCCAUCCCGUCAGUAUUUCGUCGGAAUCCAUCUGCAAAUCGUUGCAGAAAUGGAUUCUUUGCAGACGGAAUUCUAAUCCUGUCUCAAUACAGUAUACAUCUAAUCCUAAAAGAAAUAUGAGAUGCAUACAGAUAUAAACGGAGUAUAGCCUAAUGUGAUAAAGGUCCUUCUUGCACAUGGGAUGUGCUUUUUAUGUAUUUUCUUCCAUCGUUCCAUCGUUAUAGCAUCGUACAAAUGCCGGACAGAGAAUCUUUUUCCUGGAAAAUAAUAAAUAAUAAUAAAACUUUAUUUAUACUCCGCCACCAUCUCCCCGUGUGUUAUACCCCAGUCAGCCAGCCAGCCAUGGCUUCAGAGCCUGAUCAGGAGCUGAACUCUGACACAGAUGAGGUUUAUUAUGACUUUUCACCCAGUUCGGAAAACCCUUUACAGCUCCAGGUGCCUGGAGAAAUCAGCCAGGAACAGCAGUUAAUUGGAAGGGAGUUCCCCUUGUCUGGGCCAGAUGUUCCCAGUUCGCCUGAGAAUGAGGUUUUUAAUCAGAGAGAAUUUUUGAGUCGUGAGAGGAGUUUCAAACAAAAUCUUCAUAGAAGUCGAUGUCUGGCAUCCCGAGGGGACAAUGAUUAGAGUUCGCAUGGGAACUUUUUGGGAGUAUUGCUCUCCCUACUUGGGAUUCAGUUUAGGAUCCUUAAAAGCGUUUUGCACUGUAGAGUCUUUGCGGUGUCAGUGUUGCUAAAUUGGAGUGAGGUAGCUCCGUCUAGCUCCAGUUUCCAAGCCAAGUCUUUCUAGUUCCAGUUCCAGUCGGGCCAAGCUGUGCCGCGACUCUCGAGAAGACCUUGAUUUUACUCCGGUUGUUAUUUCCCUGCUCCUGUUUCAAGAUUGCCUCUGCUUUGACAAUUUGCUGCCUUGAUCGCUACAAAGUAUCGCCUGAUGUUGCACCCCAAGGCAGCGUGAACACUGGAAACUAGACAGAGACCAAUAAUCAUAUAAUAUCUUUAUUAAAGCAAAUAUAAAUUCAGGAAUGCAUAAGCGGAAUGGAUGAGUGGGAAAUAGUCCUUUGUGAAAAGGUAUGAAUAAGUCCAAAAAGAUGAAGGAAAAUGUCCAAUAUUAUUGUCCAAAGUCCAAAACCGAAACACGCUCAAACUGUUGGGAAGUUUGAGUGGAGAACAACAAGGAAGCAAGGCUGAAUAACAAGGUCCCAAGUCACUAGGAGAUCGUGGAUAUCAAAGCAGGAAGAAGACGAAGCAAAGAUCAAACUUGGUUCAGGAACAAGGCAAGGAAGUGAAUUUACUCUGGUUUAAAUUGGGAGUCGCGGCUCGGCUUGGCUGCCAGGAACAGGAGGCUUGGCUUGGUGAAACCAGGGAACUGGAGUCUGAAGUGUUCUCAGGGAAAAGCUACGUUGACACCGCAAAAAGUGCAAGACACUUUUAUGGAACGAAGAUCAGAUCCCAACGAAGGGAGACCAAACUCCCCAAAGGUUCCCAAGGGAAUCUUCUUAUCCACAAUCCCCUCGAGAUGCCAAGCGGUUACUCCUUCUAAGCCCUUGUUUUUCUGAUCUCUGGUGAUGCAGAAACUCCUUUCGGUUGAAGGGCAUGUUCUCUGGGGAACUCUGAACAUCUGGUUCAGCCACGGGAGUAACAUCUCCCGUAUCUCUCCCAAUUAAGGAAGCAUCUGAACUAUCAACAGCUGGCAGCUGUAACUGAAAGGAGCUGGGAGAACUGGGCAAAAGGUCAGAAUAAGCUUCAUCCUGGUCAAAGUUUAUUUCUGGAUCAGGUUCAGAAGCCAAAGGUGGCUGGGGUAAGACACCUGAGAACUGAACUCUGUUUUCUGUCAGCCUUGUUUCCUUGUUGCCAUUCAUGGACUAUGAUUGCUUGGGAGAGCUAACGAGUUCUCGUUGUGGAUUAUAAUAUCGGGCCUUUCCUUUCACUCAUCUGGGAUCAUAUUUGGCUUUUUCAGAAAGAACUAUUUCCUCCUCAAACUCUAUAACUAUUUUCUUCUGGAUUUAUAUUCGCUUUAAUAAAGAUAUUAUAUGUUA